AUGUUUAUAAACUCCUAUACAAAUGCUGAAUGUGGUGAUUUUAGGGUAUGCCGCAGAAGGUCACAUAGGAAAUUUACAAAGAGCUGCAAAGCUGGAUCGAUAUUCGAAAACAGCAGGACCACCUUACAAAGCUGGAUGACUUUUAUUUACCGAUAUUGUCAAGGACUGAGAUUACGACAGGUGGAUAUGAUCCAGGAUGGCAUAGCCGGAAGCUCAGCAACACUGAGCAAAAUGACAAAGAAGCUAAGAAUGGUCUGUAAAAAAGCUUUGAGAAAGUACAAGAGAAAGACAGGACAGUUUGUGGGGGGCAGGACAGAGUUUGUCAUUAUAGAUGAAAGCAACUUCCGUCACAAAAGAAAGUAUGGACGAGGAAGAGCUGGCGAAACAUGGAGAAGAAAAAAGUGGGUCUUUGGUAUCUUGGCCAUUAAGGGUGAUAGAAGACGACCAAUUUUGCGGCUUGUUGAAAAGUGCUCAAGAAAUCAUCUGAUUCCAGUGAUAAGACAUGUUCGCCAGGGAUCAAACAUUUUGAGAUACACUCACUACACUGUGAAUCAUAGCAGGUGGUUUGUUGACCCAGUUCAUGGAGGCCACACCCAGAAUAUAGAACGAGCAUGGUCAACAUAUAAAAACCAGGUCUGGAGGUUGAGAGGCAAUAGGACAGAAAAGCUGUUGAAGGAACACUUGACAUGCAUUGAGUGGACAUACUGGCUUGGACACAACCACCGUGAUGGUCCUCUAGGAUGUUUGUUAAAAGAUAUUAGAAGACAAUACAGAGUUUAA